AUGGCCGAGGAAAAGAAAAAGGAUGGAAACGCGCUAUUAGGGAAAAAGAAGAAAAUGAAACCGAGGAAAUCGCGCGACGCGGACUGCUGCAGCGUGAACUUCUUGAAAUGUGUUCUGCACAUUUUCAACGUUGUGUUUUUGUUCGCAGGCGUCGGCGUAUUAGCUGUAGGUGCGUGGACAGUAGCAUCGCGGCAUCGGUUCGUGGCGUUACUGCCUACGCCUACGUAUCCAGCGAUCGCGUACCUCCUCAUAAUCGCCGGCGGAUUGGGCGCUCCGCUAUGCGCGCUCGGCUGCUGCGGACUUAAGACUGAAAAUCGGACGAGCUUGUUGUGUUAUACUUAUUUCCUGUUGAUCACAUUCAUAUUGGAGGCGGGCGCGGGUGGUCUCGCGUAUUACUACGAGGUGGCAGUGGAAGAAGAAUUGCGUGCACAACUAAACAACACAUUCCUGUCUAACUACGCUUUAGACACCGUCAUCACUGACGCUGUCGAUAAGAUGCAGGAGGAGUUCAAGUGCUGUGGGGCGGUGAGAUUCCAAGAUUGGCGACGUAGUGCCUGGCAUGAGCAUGAUCCACGUCUACUCGUACCUGACUCCUGCUGUAAGACUGUUAACACGCGUUGCGGCACGCGCGAUCACCCCUCCAACAUACAUUACAACGGUUGUAUAAGACAGUUCACAGACCAUAUAAGAGACCAUCUCAUAAUACUAGCUGCGGUCGGCGUGGGUAUGUCUGUCAUACCGAUCUUCGGAUUCCUUUUCUCAUGUGUGUUAUACGUGAAGAUAAAACACGUGAUCGACUGA